GUUUGACUGAGUUUGACAUACACAUAUAUGUGAUUUAGAUAGAAAGAUUUUUUUUAAGUAUAAAAAUGAGAAUAAUCUUUUUUAUUGUUUUAUCGAUUGUUAUUUUUCAAUUCAAAUGUACCAAUGGAAUUGAAACAUUCUACAUGGACCAGUACUGCGGAAGUACCAUCGACAUGAUUAUGGAGGGAAUCGAUGACGGUAAACUCGUUAUUGACGGUUACGUCAACCAACGUGACUGCAACGUCACCAUAGAAACGUGGUACACGGCGGAUAGGCUCCAUUUUCAGUUUGAAGAUUUUGACAUGGGCUCGGGCAUUUGUGAUGACACCUACUUUACUGUUUACGAUGGUGAUGUUCCAGGGACGGUCAACAAAAUUCAUGGACUGGACAGGGUAUGUGGAAGCGGAGGCGUAGAAGGUGACUUUACAAGUUCUGGUCGCUACCUCACCUUUCGGUUUAAGAAUGGGGGCGACUUCAGCUACAACCAGAUGACCCUAGUCUUCACUGCUUAUCACACGGGUUAUUGCUAUUCAUACGAGUACAGCUGUGACAACGGGCGAUGUAUCAGCGAAGAUUCAAACUGUAACGGUUACGAUCCGUGCGGUGACCAAUCAGAUUGCCGCCUUGGUGUAGGGGAAAUAACUGGUAUCGUGCUAGGCGUCGUUUUUGGAGUUGUCGUCCUUGCUGUUCUUGGCUUUGUUAUUUUUCGAAAAAAUCGUGUUCAGACCAUUCAGCAGUACCCUGGUCCAUACGACGCCCAGACAGCAAUAAUCCAGAGACAAGUGAUGCCUCCUGCAUACGGCGGGGCUUAUCAGCAACAAACAUCUUACCAAGUUGCUACCUCCAUUCAGGGGAAUAAAUAAAUUGUCACAUUGCACCGGCUCUGAACAACAUUUCGAAGUUUGGUUUCUUGUUCGAUGUGUUUGCACGUGCAAAGUGUUUAAAUGUCAAGCCAAUUGUUGGACCCUCUUUGUUUUGUUUUAAUUUUGAUGUACCUUGGAAUAACAGCAAAUAAAAGCAUUGCAAAAUA